CUCAACGAGACGGUGCUGCAUUGUGGGUAAGCGGAAAAAGGCUCCAAAACGCUCGAGAAAUCGACAAGCGCACGUUGUUGAAUAAUCUUUUUUGAAAGCAACCAGAGCAAAGUAGUUUUGCAGCUAUAAUAUUCCAGGAAAGUAACUCAAGAUGUCGAUCGGCGUGCCCAUCAAAGUCCUGCAUGAGGCCGAGGGACACAUUGUGACCUGCGAGACCAACACUGGAGAGGUGUACAGAGGCAAGCUUAUCGAGGCAGAGGACAACAUGAACUGCCAGAUGUCUAACAUCACAGUGACCUAUCGGGACGGACGGGUGGCCCAACUGGAGCAAGUGUACAUCCGCGGCAGCAAGAUUCGCUUCCUAAUUUUACCGGACAUGCUAAAGAAUGCACCCAUGCUAAAGAGUAUGAAGAAUAAGAACCAAGGUUCUGGGGCUGGAAGAGGCAAGGCGGCCAUUCUCAAAGCACAAGUGGCUGCAAGAGGCAGAGGGCGUGGUGGAAUGGGCAGAGGAAAUAUGUUCCAAAAGAGGCGAUAAUUGCUGCAGCUUUUUGUAUAGUCAGUUCUUUUUUUUUUCUCUCACCUUCAAUUGGUCAUCUUGAUCUUGUUUUGCAGUGUAUUGCUCCAACUUUUUUUUUUAUGGAAAAUAAACAUGUGAAUCUGAUGCACCUGUUCUUUACUGAA